AAGCCAUGAUCAAUAGAACGGCAGAGCUGGAGGAGGAAUUAGAGAAGAAGGAAGAAGAAAAGGAGAAGCUAGACAUGGCUCUAAGUCAAUGUCAAAAGCAACUUGAAACGUCACGGAGUCAGCUCAAUGAGGUUGAGAUGAGAUUGACAGAACUCAACAACAUGUUGUCCGCAGCACAAAAAUCGAAGCAAGCUGCAGAGGAGGAAGCAAGGAUUACCCAUGAGAGUAUGGAAGUAACAGAGUCAAGACCGAUGGAUGUUGAAGAGGAGAUGAAAAACUUGCUCCUUAAUGUCAAAUUACUACAAGAAGAGGUUGAAAGAGAGCGUGCUUUGUCUGCUGAAAAUGAGGCAAAAUGUCGGGAGAUGGAGGAUGAAAAUCUAAAUAUGAAAAGGGAUGCCAAACUGCAGCAUGAGAUCGAGCUUCAGCGUGUGGCUGUCUAUGAUGAACAGCUAAAAGUAAAGCAGGAGCAAGAGCUAGCAGUCGCUGCUAGCCGGUUUGCAGAGUGCCAGAAGACUAUUUCAUCUCUCGCUCAGCAAUUAAAAUCUUCGCUGGUUCCGAUCCAAUGUGCAAUCACAUUGAUGAAGGAUUACUAAGCCCCGAAAACGAGCUGCACCAUUUAAACAGC